CCGUAGCAGACGUCAUGAGCGUCUUACUACCCAACAUGGCGGACUUUGAUACCAUUUAUGAGUUGGAAGACGAAGAGGAUGACCACGUAGUGAGUGAGGAGCACCUGCCGAGAUACUGUCCGGAGCCCGUGGUGAUGCGAGGUGCCGGGCACAUCACCGUGUUUGGACUGAGCAACAGAUUUGACACAGAAUUCCCCUCUGUUCUCACGGGAAAGGUAGCACCAGAGGAAUUCAAAACCAGCAUCAGCAGGCUGAAUGCUUGUCUGAAGAAGAACUUGCCGGUGAAUGUGAAGUGGCUUCUCUGCGGCUGCCUGUGCUGCUGUUGUACAGUAGGCUGCAGUCUAUGGCCUGUUAUCUGCCUCAACAAGAGAACAAGACGGUCGAUUCAUAAAUUGUUAGAGUGGGAAAAUAACAGAUUAUACCACAAGCUCGGGCUGCACUGGAAACUCAGUAAAAGAAAAUGUGAAAGCAGUAAUAUGAUGGAAUAUGUGAUUCUUAUAGAUUUCUUACCGAAAUAUCCUAUAUUCCGACCGGACUGAGGAGGCGGUCAAAAGACUGGAUGUGUGGCCCUUGAAUCUUUUCCUUAGUGCCUUGUAUAUACAGUAUGUUGGAAUAAGGGUCUGCACCCCGUACAUCUCCCAGUACCUUGUAUAUUAGAAUUUGCAACACUGUCACUUUGCUUUAGAGCAGAUUUUGCACAUUUUCCCGACAGAACUAGACAUGUCCCCUUCGUUGCACUCGGAUGCGGUUGUUUUUUUUGUUACACGUGACAAAUAAGUGAAACUCUCGAAAAGUGCAUUUACCCCAAAGAACCAUCAACCUGUCCCAUAGCAGUAAUCCCUUGCAAAGAAUGUGAUGCCUCCACCUUCCUUAACUGCCCUCGCCUUAUGUAUGUUCUUGUUUUUUUUGUAGAAAUAACUCUAAAUGUAGGAGGAGGAAGGCACCGGGUAAUUCAGCAAGUCUGUAGAUGUAAAAGCUGCUUGUUGGGUUUACUCUCUUUGAAUCUGGUUCUUUGCACGUAGAUGGGACGGUUGAAAUUGCCUAACAUACAGUCCGUCGUCUAACUGUUCUUUCUUUACAUUUGACCCUCUGUACAUGGGAACUAGCUAGUAAAAGAACUUGACCUGUAAAUACCAUGUUAGGAUAAGCUGUACAGUGGUUUACCAUUGUUUACAUAACAUUACUUAGCUCUUUAGUUUUUAUUUUGCCAAUAUAUUGCUGUACCAUAGUUUUGAUUAACGAAAGGUGUCUCUGUACCUUUCUAGUUUAUAUGGACCUGUUUACCUUGUAAGCCAUAUAGUUACAAUGUACACGAUGCCAGAGUUCGGACCAGUUAUUGCACUUGAGCCCAGUAGAAAGUCAGGAUGUCAGACGGUAAUGCGUCCUGAAGAUUCAUCCACAGCCGUGUACGUUACCGUGUGGUGUUUGCCAAUAAAGAUGAUAUUCAAUCGGCCGUCAUCCAUGACACAUUAAUGGUUGCAUCUCUGAUGUGCUGUUGGAACAUAAUGAUUUAAACUUUCCACUAUCUAUUUACAAAAAAGGCAUUUUAUAGUUUUGUACUUUUACUUCCCUGAUGUGUGUGGAAGCACAAGCGUCCACGGUCGGUGACGUAUCGAGCAGAUGGUCGUUGUGUUUCAGUCGUUCUGUCCAGUGUUAGUAUUAUUUUCCUGAGUGUUAGUCAAGAGAUUGCUGCGUUGCGUUGCAUUAGAGUGCCUCUGGAAUAGUUGGUGAACCACAGAGAAGCUGAAAUAUGUUCUCUUGUACAACGGAGAUGUUGAAUCCUCCUCCCAGUAUUGUCCCUGUUACAAUUCCUGUAAAUGUUCGUCAUAGUGAACUAAUCUUUACGGAGACAGAAAAUAAAUUGUUGAUUUUGAAUUUUCUUUGUUUCUUUUCUUCCAUUUGAAACCAUUUUUGUUAUUUAGUGUCGCACUCAAUGAACGAUGUGUCGUCUUAGUAAAAACAGAUCACUGCUGCCUCCGCCACAGAAAUGUGUCUAUUCGUCAUGUUUAACAAGGUGUGGAAUCGUUAACUUUAACAAGACAGCCUGCAAUUAGCCGACACAUUUGUAAAACUCAGGAAUGCCGUUACGAUAACUUGCUACUUUCUAACGUUAUGGAUCAGUGGUCAGAGGAUACUGGACCGAGUCUUUACUUUAUCUCUGCACAACCCCCGAAAACUGAAGUGGUGGGCUUCAGUCUGGCUGGUUUUAUGGUCCUUUGUUUUCACAUUCAGUCUGUCCCCGAGUAGUUUUCAGUAACCUUUUACUGCUCCAAUAGUUUUAAGCCCCCACCACUAUAGUUUUAGUUAAGUUAGUAGAAUUAUUAAUGUAGUACAAUAAGAUUCAGCCAAUCAGUUUAUUUGAAUUAAUUCAGGAUUUCAUCUGAAGAACAUCUCAAAAUGAUUAUCGUUACUUUUUGAGAGACUAGUGUACACAAAGUCACUUUCCUCUACUUUUAUAAUUGAUGGUGCUUUACUUCUAUUGUACUUUUUACUCCACUAAAUGUGUCUAAAGUUAGUAGUUCCUUACGAUUCAUGUGAGGUCGCCAGUAGGAAGGACAAGGUUGUAACUUGCCGUGCAAUAAUAAUUAUUUUGUUUUGUGCAUUUUGUGUAAUUUAGCUAAUAAAUAUGUGCUUUUACUUAAGUAAAGCCUAAAUGCAGGACUUUUACUUUGGUAGAGGAUCUGAGUACUUCUUCCACUACUGGCAGUUCAUGCUGCAUGUGACACUACGCAGAGUGUCUGUUUGACUUUCAUUGUAUGUUUUGCAUUUGUAGAAAGAUGUGCUGGUCUUGUUUGUUUACAUGCUCGUGUGUGUG